AUUCUACCAAGCUAUGAACAAAACCCAAUCAUCCAAGCAACAGAAUAACACGGAAAGCGGUCUCUCUCUCCAUUCUACUACUUCAAUCACCUCCAACACAAACAAAAAGCACACUCACCUCACACGUCCCAAAUCUCCCGCUCCUAGCGACCUCUCUACCAGCACUACUCUGGUCAACCUCCCAAAAAUGACUCAACGAUCCGCCAGUCCCGUCCACAUGUCUCCGCGCUCGUCCUUCAGCAGUCUUUCUCGCUCCGAUUCUCACUCUCGGAAGCACACCAGAAAGACAAGCAACGACUACCGCCGCUACAAUGGCACCGUGAACCACUAUGGUCGUCACUCAAAUGACUGGCUAUUUGGCGGGUUUAGUCUGCGCGAUACCGUUCGUGGUGGCGUCGAGCGCCUCCGUCACCACAACCACCACGGAAACGAGGGCUGAACGUGUGCUGUGCUGUCCUCGUCCUGAGUACGUGGCACAAACAAACCAUCUGCAUAUUUCGUGAAAAAACGAAUAUUCUCUACAAACACUUGGCAUUAGGCUUUCAUCAAGUCGAGUUUGACAUUUCGGAUGACAAUUGUACAUCCACCCGCGUCAACACUGUUGAUACCUGACGCGACGAACGAAAGCAGUCCAAUGCACUGCAUGCGGCUCUUUUUUCCCGCGAUUGAUCUUACUGGUCAAUAACCAUCACAAACGUGUAUCCUGCAUAUACGGACAUUUCCGAGGGGUGACAUGUGUUACCACCAUUUAUCGGUCGUCAAUUAUUUCCUUUGUCGAUAUGAUUGCCGGAUUAUGUAUCUAGUUGAUGAAUCUCUGUUCAUAACAAUUCAUGAAUUACGAGUUACUACUAU